AUGGCUACCGGCGCGCUGUCAGAAGAUGGCAUCCACGUCGAUAUGAACCACCUCAAGAAGGGUGAGGUCAACCUCGGAACGUCCAUCAUGGCCAUCAACUUCAAAGACGGCGUCAUAUUAGCCGCCGACAGUAGAACGACGACCGGAGCGUACAUUGCGAACCGAGUCACGGACAAACUCACACAAGUCCACGAUACAAUCUGGUGCUGCCGAUCCGGCUCCGCGGCAGACACACAGGCUGUGGCAGACAUUGUCCAGUACCACCUGGGCAUGUACGGCGCCACCAACGACGAGCCUCCCACUACACAGACGGCGGCAGCCCUGUUCCAGGAGCUCUGCUACUCCAACAAAGACCAACUCUCCGCCGGACUGAUCAUUGCCGGCUGGGACCACCGCCACGGCGGCCAAGUAUACUCGAUUCCGCUCGGCGGGUCGCUGCACAAGCAAUCAUAUGCGAUUGGCGGAUCUGGAUCUACGUACAUCUACGGUUACUGCGAUGCAAACUGGCGGGAGAACAUGAACGAGGAGGAGGGCAUCAAGUUCGUCAAGGGCGCACUGUCCGAGGCGAUCAAGUGGGACGGAAGCUCUGGCGGUGUUAUCCGCAUGGUUGUGCUCACAGCCAAGGGCGCGCAGAGGCAUCUGUACCUGCCCGACCAGAACUAUGAGGGGCCCGGCCGGCAGUAG